GAUAGCCAUUUUGAAGAGCCUUUUGUUAGUGUUUUGUGAAUGUUUUCAACAAAAUUUUGCAAAAUUUGAAUUACAUGACUAUUAUUAUGCAUCAUUAUAACGCAAUAUAGUAAUAAAAUAUUAAUAUAAUAGAAACUACAUAAUUGUGUUGUUUGUUUGGUGAACGCGCAUUGUGAAAAAAGAACCGGAACGAACUUUGCCGUAUUUUAGUUUUAUUUUCAUAUUUGUGAAACUUAGUUCGUUAAUUGUGAUGGUGGAAGUCUUUAUUUGAUAAAUAUAGUGAACUAGUUAAUUGUAGUAACAUUAUUUACGUCGCGUGUAUUUGUUCGCUACGUAAAUUGAGAUCGCCACAAGAUGGCCGCCGUCGGAUGCUCGCUCCGCCAAAACCCGCUCGUGAGGCCCGAUGUGUCAUCCACUGGCGACGAUGUUUGGGACAUGCUGUAAACUGGCGUCCCUCAUCGCGGCCGAAUUUACCGGUCGCUUCCGGCGAAGUUCCAUUUUAUAAAAUGGAAUUUCGCUCGAGGCGCCAAAAUACGAUGGGUGUUGACACAUCUCUAGCCGCAAUACCGUACCGUUACUUUGACGGCCGAACAAAAUAAUUGUUGACAAAAAUGAGCGAACCAGACGAAGUCGGAAAAGAAGUGUGGAAGCGAUGGAUUCUUGAGGCGAUACAUAAGAUAAGGUCUCAAAAGCAGAGACCGAGUGUGGAGAGGAUAUGUCAUGCGAUCAGACAGCACCAUAAUUAUCAUGAAGAUGUUGUGUCGGAGCGGUUGGAGCGGGCAGUGCGUGAGGGUGUUGUUUUGAAGGUUUAUAACAAGGGACAGAGUUCGUACAAGGAUCCAGGAGGUUUGCAAAAUAAAGUUUUGCGAAUUGCUUCCGAUGUGGACGUUUCGCGAGCAGUCGCGAAAGCAGUGCGUGAGUUAGGGGAGCGAGACGGUUCCAACUUAAAAACAAUCGAGAAACAUUUACGUCAAGCUUACCAAGUUUCAGUUGAGGACAAUACAGACGUGCGUAAUAUAUUACGGGCUGCUGCAAAGCGAGCUGUAGCUAGGGGUCUGUUGCUUCACCACGCGGGAAACUAUAAAGCAACUGAUCGUCCGCUCACAGCGACCGACCGAAUUGCUAAACACAGGAAGUUGCAGGAAAGCCCGGAGAAUCAACUAAGUCCAGGAGGUGUUCCGGUGUGUGCAGAGUGUCUUGGUACAGAUGCUAGAAACCGCCUUGGAGUGAAUGAGGCUCUCAUCUGCUGCUUUCAGUGCAAGUCAUAUGCACAUCCGACUUGCCUUAAUAUACUUGAAUACAUAAAUUUGACAACUUUGAAGAGCGCGCGCUGGUGCUGCGGCGAGUGCGCGCGCUGCAGCGCGUGCGGGCUGAGCGGCGAGUGGGCGUCGCGCUGCGCCGCGUGCGCGCGCACGGCGCACGCGCGCUGCCGCCGCCCGCCGUGGCGCUGCGAGCCGUGCUCCGACAAGCCGCACACGCCCCGACCGACCAUGGGAGGAACGCCGAAGAAGCGGAAACCGAAGACGCCGGCGCGCCGCAUCGACUCGGACGACGAGCCCUCCGACGGUAAUGACUCGCCGUACGCCCGCCUCCCGUCCGAACAGAGAAUGUCAAAGGAGAAGCAAAAGUUUUUCAGAUUCUCCGCUUUCAAUCUCGUGAAACGCCGCCGGGGUAGGGAGUCCUCGAGUGAGUGGGAGGGGUGGGAGGGGUCGCAGUGGGGUGGCGUGCAUGUCACCCGUGUGCAACGACUCGAGCUGCGUCUCGAGCACCGGCAGCGUUCCGAUCCCUCCGACCAAUCGGAGCGCUCCUCCUCCGACAGCGACCCGCCGCUCGCGCUUCCGUCCCGCGCCUCACCGCCCGCGCCUUCCCCCCGAGCCCGUCCCGUGCCAACUAUUUUUGAGCGUCUCGCCUCCGACGCAGGUCCCGAUGGUACGUGGGGUUUCGCCGCCGAAGCGCAGAAGCAACGCCUCGUUGAGGAACCCGAACGGCGAUCACCCGAAAAGACGCGGUCGCCUGACAAACGGAGAUCACCCAUAAAGCGGCUUUCGCCGGAAAUUCGGCGGUUGCACGAAAAGCGCCGAUCACCGGAAAAGCGGGGAUUAUAUGAUAAAAGACGCUCACCUGAACUACGACUUUCACUCGAAAAGCGACGAUCGCCAGAAAAGCGGUUAUUUGAUAAAAGACGAUCGUCUAGUAGACAGCUUUCGCCUGGAAACCGGCUAUCCCUUGAAAAGAAACGGUCGCCCGAGAGGCGGCGUUCGUCCGAGCCACUUCUGACUCCCGAGAAGCGGUCACCUAAUCUAAAUCGCUGUACGCCCGAGCCGCCGCAAACGUCUGCAAUGCAGCAGUCGCCCGAGAAAAGGCAGUCGCCCGUGCCACGGAAAACCGUUUCACCCGAGAGAGCCGGUCGUAGACGACGGAGCAGAUGUGGCGAUAGAUUACUCACUACGCUAUUCGACGGGCUCUCGGAGUUCUACUCGGUUCGGACGGCGUCCCGCUCGCAGUCGCGUCACCGGCCCGUGGAGCGCGAGCGCGAGAGCGAGAGCGAGAGUCGGCAGGUGUUGAAAGAGACUCGGAGCACGUUCAAGCGGUACCAGGCGGCGCUGUCGCGAGCGAGCGCGCGGCCCCGCGGCCGGACGCGAGAGCGCAGCGCUUCGGCGGCGCGAGAGAGCGCGGGCGGGGUAGGGCUGCGGUUGAGCGCGUCGGCGCUGGUGGUGCGCGCGGCGGAGGGCAAGCGCGGCGGGGGCUCGGCGGAGGAGGCGCAGGCGCACAAGCUGUCGCGCGCGCUCGGCCCGGCCACCAAUCAGACGGAGGGUAAGAGACUGCCCCCCGGGGUGACGGAGGCGGACGCGGAGCUGUUCUCGCAGGCGCGUGCGGCGCCGGGCGCGGAGGGCGAGGCGGCGGGCGCGCCGGGCCCGGGCGCCGCGGGCGGGCCGCCGCCGCCGCGCUGCCCGUCCGCCAUCGAGUUUGGCCAGUGGGAGAUCGAGACGUGGUAUUCGAGCCCCUUUCCACAGGAAUAUGCCAGGUUGCCAAAGUUAUUCCUCUGCGAGUUUUGUCUGAAGUAUGCGAAAAGUCGAGCUGUAUUAAUGCGGCAUUUGGACAAGUGCCUUUGGCGACAUCCGCCGGCCACGGAAAUAUACCGAUGCGGGGACAUUUCCGUUUUCGAAGUCGAUGGGAAUGCUAAUAAGAUAUACUGUCAGAAUCUCUGUCUACUCGCGAAGCUGUUUCUAGACCACAAAACACUUUAUUAUGACGUAGAGCCGUUUUUAUUUUAUGUACUAACGAAAAAUGACAGCAAAGGAUGUCAUUUGGUUGGCUAUUUCUCGAAAGAAAAGCAUUGUCAGCAGAAAUAUAACGUGUCCUGUAUUAUGACGAUGCCCCAGUAUCAAAGACAGGGAUAUGGAAGAUUCCUCAUCCAUUUUAGUUACUUGUUAUCGAAAGAAGAAGGGCAGCCAGGCACACCAGAAAAACCACUUUCAGAUCUAGGGAGAGUGUCAUAUAAUGCCUACUGGAAAUCUGUAAUUUUAGAGUUUCUCCAUGAUCACAGAGAUCGUCCAUUUACAUUUGAAGACAUCGCAUUAACAACAGGAAUGCAUAUAAAUGAUGUUGCUGUAACAUUUCAACUUCUCGGCUUCAUGAGAUAUGUUCCAAAUAAUGAAUCUGUUAAAUUAGGAAUAUGUGUAGAUUGGAAUAAGGUUGAUAAUCAUAUGAAAAAAUUGAAUAGUAGGCCACGUCUCGAAAUCGACCCAGAAUGUCUCAGGUGGACACCGUUAUUGGCGCCAACGAUUAAUCCAUUCAGAUCGCCGGAUGAAGGUUCCUGUGACCAAGACACUGAAAAUGACGAUACUGAAAUGAAAACAGAAAGCGAAAACACAGAAACUGAACCAGAAACUGCAAUAUCAAAACAUGAUAUGAAGUCUCAACUUGAUAAGGAUGUCGUGGAUACACCAGUUGAAGUUACUUCAUCUGGUAGAAGGCGGACUCGGCCGCUUAAAUACAGUGAAACUACUUAUCAAACAACACCUACACUUGGCGAUGGAAACCGUAAGAGAAAACGUGAAACCAGCAGAAAAAUAUCAGAAAACGUGGAAGAGGAAAAGAAGGAGCCUGAAGCAACUCCAAGAAGACAGAGAAGUAAGAGUAUAGCAAGUAGAUCAAAAGCCACCCAAGAUGAAAUUGUUGAAGAGACUCUACCGAGAAACAGAAGGAAAAACCUCAAGGAGCCUGCAUAUGUUUCAGAUAGUCAGGAAAGUCAAGAGAGCAAUGACAUUCAUAAUGAAACUACUGAUACACCUGCUAGCGCAAUAAAAGUGAAGAGUAAGAGACAGGCUCGUUGGAAGGGUCGGAAGCGACAGAAGGGUGGUAAGCCUGCUCCAAAAAUCAGUGGAACACCAGUUGCAAAGAAAGCAAAAGUCGAUGAUAAACAAGAUCAAAAUGACUAUAAAACUGAUGAUUCUAUUGAAGAGCCGGUAAACAACACCCCGUCCAAAGUUCAAAAUCAUACAGCAAAGAGUCAAAAUGAAAGUAAACCGGAUGCGACCAAUAAAAAUACUGGUGAAAGUUCAGAAGAUUCUUCUGGGGAGGCUGACGAUGAGAUGGACGUAGAAGAGGGAGAGGACAGAACCAGCAUUCCCAGUAAGCCGGCAACACCGCGCCCUGUGGAAGAGAACAGUACAGACCAUCACACCAGCGACAUGGAACUUGAUAGUAUUCAUAUGGAUUCACCAAAAUCACUAGCAGAAAAAGAUCAAGUUAUUAAUGAAACUAAUAAAGAUAAAACUGAGGAAGAAAAUAGUAUCGUCGAAAAUGGACCAAUUGUGAGGGUAACGUCGGAUGAUAUUGUAGAAACUAAAAUAACUAAAGACAAUACUGAAAACGAGAAGAUACCAGAAACAAGGAAUGGCGAAUUAAAAUCUCCUACUAAAGCACAACUCGAUGAUAAGGAUACUAUCGUAAUUUCCGAAUCUGAUGAUAAUAACAGCCAAAGUUGUCCCUUACCAUCACCAAAACCUAACAACUUGAUUCCAGCACAAACUAAUGAAUACAAACCUAAAGAUGUCCCGGAAAAAGAAAGUCCAUCGAAAAUACUACCGGUUGUUUCAACAGAAAAUGCUCAUAUUGUUCUGGACGCUAAAGGUUCAGGCGAAACUACAAUACCGCGACCGCCUGUUGAUCUUAUUGUACCACGUUUACAUCAGAUCGAGACUAUAGAGGUUGAGGGAGAAUCCGAUAAUGCCAUCUCGCCACAAACAGGUGUAUCUCCUAAAAAAAUCGACAAGACAGUGAUAAGUGAGUCUCCUAAGCAAAAGAAAAUAUCUGAGAAAGUAAACAUCGAGAUGGCGUGUGAACUAAAAAAAUGUGAGAUGAGAAAGGAGACCGUCAUCCAGCUUCAAACUGUAGAAGAAACUAAAGUGCCAGAGAAGAAGUCGCCCACUAAAAUCGAGACUAUUAUACAGAAUUUAGAUCCUCAUAGAGAUAUUGCGAACAGUUUGAAAAAACCAGAUCCACCUAAAAUCGAUUCUUACAAUGAAAUAGACACUAGGAAAUUACAGAUGCCAAUUACAAGUAAAGAAAGUGAAAUACCGUUUAGAAAUGACAUGUUGCAUACUAGAAAGGAUGAAAUUGUCGUUUCGCGAAGUAUAAUAGAAAACACUAUACCAAAUUAUCACAAUUCCGUAAGUAAUUCGAUGACAAUACAGCCAAUAAACUCUUUACAACUACAACAUCCCUACUUAAACCACAGAACUAGUGUGAGCAAAGAAUCACAAGCAGUUCAAACUGACAAAGUGCUCAUCAAAACUAGUGAAUCUAGUAGAACAAUAAACAAUAUGUCUGAACCUUCACCAGUGAUAAGUAAGAGUACUACAAAAUUAGAAGUGCCCCAUCCCAUAACGUCGCCUGUCGUAAAUCCAGUGAUACCAAAAGUACCCAAUGUGACUGAUAUUAGUUUUUUACCGAGGUGCCAAAGUGCUAAUGCAGCUGUUAAUUUAGGCAUGGAAAGAACUGAAUUAGACCCUAGUUUCACGAGUAAUGCCUUGCAUAACACCAUGAGCGGUUCUAUGAGUAUAGUUCAAACAAAUACCCAAGAUAACAAAAACGAUCACAAUCAAAAACCUAGGGAAAAGAGCAAACUACGGGAUGUAAGAGUAAAUUCAGCUCAUAGCAAACUCGAAAAGACCGAGAAGAAAUCAACAAAAAACGAAACGCCGAGAAGUACGCCGGAGCCGAAGUUGUUUUUUCCAGACCAAAAUACGAAUGUAAGAAAACCUGAAACAUCUGUUCCUAUAAAUGUAAUAAAUACGGUCUCUGUGACUAGUAAAUUAGAAACGAAAGCUAGCGAGGCACCAAAGAAACAAGAUUUUUUUAAGAAAGAAAAGUCUAAUGCAUCCAAGUGUGAAUCAAAGAAUGCGUCAAUUAAACACGAUAAGAGUUGUUCGACUCAACUCAACUUAAAGGCGGCUGAACAGAAUGAUAUAAAUAAAAUGAUGCCAAAAUUUAAGUAUGACAAUGAGCUAGUUCCAAAAGCCGACUAUGGAAUGAAUCAAAUCCCCAACUAUCACACAACGCCCGCACAAUAUCCUAUGUCACAGUGGCCGCCAUGGGACCCCACUAGAACGUGGGAUCAUAACAGGUUUUUGGACAUGAAAAAUAACGACAAGAACUACCUGGAUAAAUUUCAAGGUUUCAAUCUACCGCAUUUAGAUCAGAUGCAAAAGUCGCCGCAGAAGUUGCAUCCGAAAUAUGAUCAAAAAGACUUCCACAACAUCGCUUACGGAGCACUAUCGAGUGGGAUAUAUGCGACGACGGGUCUUCCGCAUUUUAAGGAAACUAAAGCACCAACGUCAAAAGCUUCGGAUUGCACCCAGAAAAACGAAUGCAAACCAACAAAGCAAUCAAAAACAACAACAGCGUGUCAAACUCAAUGCGAGAACAAGAAAUCACAGUCUCACAAUACGACGGAGGCUCAAAUGAAGCAAAUGAUGCAGCGUCAGGUUAACAAACAGCAAGACGUGGUCACGAGUUGCGCUGAAUUCCGGCAGCAGAGUCCACAAGUGUUGACGUCGCCCGGUUGCAAGACCCCAUUCAACCAGAAUGGCCCAUGUGGACAGGAGAAGGUCGAAAUAGAAAAGAAGUCACGACAGCAUUCCAAAAAGGAUGAAUCUCCAAAGGACACGAAUAAAGAAGAAAUGUGCGAAGCUGUCAGUCCCGCUCUACAAUCAAUGGGGGUUUACACACCGGACUCAACAAGCAACUCGGUGCAUUCAGUUCAAUAUCCGGUGUGUGAGUUGGAUGUUAGCCAGUUGGGUCUGGAGUCGCCCACGAGCAUCGGGUCGGACCUGGCGUCGCCCUGCUCCAUGAUGCACAUGCACCCCGCGCCCAGUCCGCAGUACCCACAUUCGUCUAUACACAUACCUUCCAUCAUGAGUCAGCCGAAUCAACCGACGAAGCAGCAGAAAAUAAAUAACAGAAAUAGGAACAACACUGCGAGCAGUGCGAGCGCGGCCGACAACAAGGCCGUGCGCGGCGCCGCCACGCCGCCCGCGCGCCACCGCGCCACGCCGCCGCACCCCGCGCCGCACCCCUCGCCGCACCCCUCUCCGCACGGCGGCGGAGUAAUGCAAGGCAGUUCAAGUGGAAGUGGCGGUGCAGGCUACCAGGGCGGCUACUUGUCGUUCCAGCAGCAACAGCAGUACCAUGCGGGAUGGGCACCUUCGUGCUCGUUGGCUAAGCUACAGCAGAUGGCUGACGCGCCACAGCACCCUCCGCACACGCCGCCGGCUCCACCACAGUACAACGUGUUCCAGUACGGACAGCAGGCGGGUACGCCGCCGGCCGGCCACUACCACGCGCCCAAGUACUACGCGCCCGCUCACAACCAGCUUGAGUCACCAAGGAACACGCGUAAUGCUACCAGUAAUCUAAGUCCAAUGCAGCACGUCCAGAUGGGCCCUGGGUCGAGAAUGUCGCCUAAUUUAAAUACUCACAUAAUAAGCCAAUAUGGACUCAAUGGUUAUCGGGUUCCACCUCAGCAGCAGUUCAACAACCUCCCCGUCCAAAUGAUGAAUGUGCAACCUGGUGUGCAGUACCCUGGACCAGACCCGAGAGCUCAACAACCAAAUGUUUAUGCUUAUGCAGGUUACAUUAACCCUCCACCACCUCUCACGAUGCAAACAUUAAACUCUACUAUGCGUCGGUAGCCUCGACCAAAAACCCAGUGCCGGAAACAGUGAUAGUGUUUAGUGAGUGACAGAUAAUUGGACGGUUAAUACCGAUAUGACUGUGAACUCACUUGGCAUACUAAUACUUUGGUGUUUCUAUCAGUUUACAAAUUGCCUUUUAUGGACAUAAUUUUUUAAAAGAAACCCUGACCAAAAAUCGGAUUGUAUGAUAAUUAUCUAUAAGGCAUAGUACAAAUAAAUACAUAACGCUUUUAAGAACUUGUUUGUAUAUAACGUUUGUGUAUUAAUGUAAUUACCGAUUAACACCACUUCAGUUGCCUUAUCCUCCGCACUAGUGGACCCUUACCCUACUGUUGUGACAGUAAAGUAACGGCAGCUUUAUUAUUUUGUAUAUGGUUGUAAAUGUUUUAUCCUUGAGAAUACAUAGUGCCCGCUAUUGAAGCUGAAUAAAGUACAAAAUUGCUGAUAAAAUGUAUUUAGAAACUGUUGUAUAAUAAUGAAAACUAUGUCAGGGAAAUGUAGCAUAAUAAAAUAGUGCAAUAAGAGUAGGAUUUUUUAAAAUUGCAUGUUUUUUAUAUCGUCCAGCAAUCAAGUAUUGUUAAGCUCGGGUUAAUCAGCACUAAUACUGUGAUAAUCCCUCGAUUGUCAUCAAUGUAGAAGGAGCCUGCUGAUAACAUGAUAAAUUAUUAAUAUUAAUUCUUAAUUUCCCAAAGAAACAACUAUUUAAGUAUGUCAGAAUUAAAGUGCAAUUGUUUUCAACAAAAAAAAUUGUAUUUUGGAACUAAAAAAAAUUUCAUGUGAGAACGUAAAUUUUGUAUGUAUAUCAUGUAAUACUAUUUUUUUUAAUGUUAAAUUAUGUACAGUUUGUAUGUAAUUAUGAUUUGGAUGAUUUUUUCUCUUCUCAGAAGUGCCUCAUUCUCGUCCCUUAUGCUUAAUUUCCAUGUAAGAUAUUGUAAAUGUACUGCUUUUACUUAACACAAGGCUGUAUACAUAGAAUAGUAACAUUAGUAUUACUGUAUUAAAAAAAAUAACGAUUUUUAAUUUUAUCAAUGUGAUAGUAUUAAAAAGAUACAAAAAGAUUGAUCCCUCUGGGCUCAUUGCAUAAACAGGCCUAAAUGAUGGUUAUUUUUUUUUAUUUAGAUUAAAUUAAACUGUAAUUUCUUUUAUAUGCUUUGCACUUAAGGAUUAUUUUCGUGUUAUCCUCGUUAAUUUAUUGCCAAAUGUUAUUAACAGUUAUCUUGCAAGUUAUUUUAAGUUAGUUGAGUUUAGAAUCUGUCUUUGAACAUAAGUUUACGUUACGAAGCAAGCGCGGGCGCCGCCCGUACUCGUUGGAUCAGUAAAUUAUUUUUUAAGAUCUGCUCCUGUAUGGUUAUAAAUGUUAUUUGUUACUAAUGUGUAGUAUAUAAAAUAUUGUAAAUACAUAACAUUAAGACUUGUAGCAGGUGUUAUCACACAAAAUAUAAUUUUGUGAAAAAAUC